AUGUUUCGCCGUAACUCGCAUGUUGAGUCCGUGGUUGAUUGUGAUUUUGGAUAUGAAGGCCGGUCCGCACCUUCUGAACAUGAAAUGGAUGGACAAUGUGAGCUCUUUGUUGAGGUUCAAGAGAUAGAGCAUUGGCAGCCUGAAGCUUUCUUGCUGCAACAGCAAGCACAAGCUGAGCUGGAGCUUUGGCCAGAACGUGGUCGGCAAUGCCCGAAUUGUCGACAACUCAAUGUGAAGGUCGGUCCGGAGGCUGAAGUGUGUAUUAUCGUGGUCGUAGUUCCCGCUUGUCUGUGCUGUGCCACUCCAACUUCCUGGUGUUCGUCGAUGCUUCCUCGUAUGUCGUGCCAAGCGCGCUUCACUGCCGAGUUGCAGUGUUCAAAGGCAGAGGCGGGCAGAGCUCGAUUAGUUGUCACUGACUGUUCACACACUUUGCUGAGACGACGAUUGCAGCUGUAUAGAAUUGUGACAGAGGACGUAAUUGAAGCGAGUAAGUUUUCUGUGAAAAGCUUAUAUAUAAAUCUGGAUUAAAUCUUCAGUUCUAUAGGCAAUGCACAAUCAGGAAGACACUUAUAAAAAAAUAAAAUGUAAAUGAAUGAAACAAAUAUUUUGACUUUACAGACAGGUGAAGAAUCCUCAGAGACUACACGCAGCGAUAGAUUGUUACCACAUUUCGUCUUUGGGUAUCGCAAGUACUUGAUUAUCAUGAGUUCUUCCAAACCCCUGAUAAUCACGUACGCGACUGCAAAAAGCGCGUAGGAUGUAUCUGUAUACUCCAGCAUAAUAACUGAUGAUGAUGCGGUUCGAAUUGCCCUUCGGGACACAGUAGAUUUCGUACCGAAGGGCAAUUCGAAGUGAUGGAGUUGCCAUUCUCCUCCUGGUUCACGUUCAUAUACAUGAUUGAGCCGGAGACA